AUGACUAUGGCUAGAACUCCAACAAUCAAAUCGAUCUGUGACACUACAUGCUACCUAUCGAUAAACAUUGUGCUAUUAGCAUUUUAUGCUUCUAUCUUAGAGACUAUGAGUGAUGGUAUGGCUCAGUAUAAAGGUCUCUCGAUAACUGGCAAUGUUUUUAUGAUGAUUGGAUAUUUAUUGAUAAUAGCACUACAUUUUAAAUACAUUUUUUACGCGGCUUUAGGGAUAAUAGCAACUAUGAACUUUGGAAUGUUUUUGUUAUUAAUUGGUAUGGGUAUUGGAGCUUAAGAGUACUAGUAUUUCAAGUACAAUAUUGCUAUUGCUUUUUGGUUCAUUCAAUUGGCAAUCGAUAUCUUGGGAAUGUAGGUGGUUUACAAAAUAUACAAAAUUAAUUAGGACGAUCAAAGUGACAAUGUCCCACAAUAAAAUAAUGAAGCUAAUAAGGCUGCAAAUAAUGCAUCUUAGCCUCAAGUUCAAUUAUGA